GCGUAUUAGUGUUGCGUCUACCUUCGAAGUGAGUGGUGGUGUACGAUCUGUCGCAUUGCAAAGAAGUAGCUGUGUUGAUACAAAAGAGCGAGCCAGUACGACGACAGAAUUUGAGACUAGACAGCCAUAUUUCGAAAUACAGGAAAAUGAAUCCGACAAUGAAACGUAAAAGAAUAAACUUAAAUAAAGAUGGAAGAAGUCGUCGCAUAUUAGGUCUACUUAAAACAACACAACCAACUAGUACCACAGAAAACAGAACUGGCAUUCGGCCACCUGACAAGCCUGAUACUACAGAAGUAAAACCAUUGAAACAGUAUGCCAGUAUAAAUGACACCAAUAUGACUGAGAAAAUUGACAAUUUAGAUCAGUUAUCGAAUGUACCAAUAGGAAAGAGUAUCGUAGGUGAAAGUGACACCGAUAUCACUAAGAAAAUUGACAAUAUGGAUCAGUCAUCGAAUGUACCAAUAGGAGAGAGUUGCUUUGGUGAAAGUGUCACUGAUAUCCCUGAGAAAAUUGCCAAUGUAGAUCAGUCAUCGAAUGUACCAAUAGGAGAGGGUAUCGUUGGUAAAAAUGACACCGAUAUCACUGAGAAAAUUGCCAAUGUAGAUCAGUCAUCGAAUGUACCAAUAUUAGAGAGUAUCGUUGGUGAAAGUGACACCGAUAUGACGGAGAAUCCUAAAAUUUUUACUCAAUUGAUGAAAGUACCAAUAGAACAAAGUAAAUGUACAUUGCUUUGUCGCUCUUCUAUUGAGAAUGAGAAAAAUGAUGGUUCAUCAGUAACAGGAACAGCAAGAGAGUUAAUGAUUGAAGUUGAUCCUAACAAUCCCACAAAAAUUUGCAUAAAAAAAAAGCCUGAUUACAACAUGUUGUCUCCCAUUAAUUCUGACGAAAGUGACGCGGAUUUAAGCGAUUUUGACCCCACGUAUAAAGUUGAAAACGACAUCCCUAAACGCAAAAAAAGAAACUUGUUACUGAAAAAUCCUAAAAAAAUACACAGAGAUCCAUUGGUAACACAAGAAGUCCCUCAUUAAAUCUUGCAUCUUUUAGUGAAA